GGUUAAUCGAUAACAGAAAGCCUCACUCAUGUUAUCCUGCUCUGAGAAUAUGGUGUUUGCAGUCGCUCUGUUGCUUGCCUUGAGCUCUUGAUUAAUGACAUUAAAUUACCAAUAAACCGCGAACCUCGGACAAGACAGAGGAUUUCAACAGACAGUCGUAAUAUUGCACCACAUCACAGUAGUUAGUUAGCAUCUCUAUCUGCAUGAUUACAGUCUUGACGCUACAUGGCUAACUGACUGACCUCAGAGAAAUAACUGCCAACCAAAAUGCCGUUUCACUUUUUUAACCGAUAAACUGCAUUCAGCCUAAUUCUUGCUGAAAAUAAACACGUUGGACUACUUAAACUGUCAGAUAUUGUUUUGACGUCGAAAUCGUCUAGAGAAGAAGUUAGCCGGGUUAGCUUAGGGCAGCAGCUGUUAUAAAAAACUUUCGCAUUUCACCGGUUUAGUCGGUAAUAUAACUCAGUUAUCCUGCAUGUUUUGGUACUACAGUGCAGUGUGUAUUAGUAAGUUUUAGACUUGAAUCCCAUGCAAGUUAUAUGAGCGUGCGACAGAUAGAUGCGAGUGAGAUGCAGUGGCAUCGGUGAGGAAGAGCUCAAUGUUGUUUGUGCUGGAGGAUGAGCUGGAUGAUCACAGUCAUUAACAGAAGAAUGAUGAAGAUCCUCAUCGUCCUCGCGCUCAUCGCUUACAUCGCAUCUGUCUGGGGAACCUACGCAAAUAUAAGGUCUAUACAGGAACACAGAGAAAUGAAGACUGAGCAGAGGAUAGAUGAGGCAGUGGCACCUCUCAGGGAGAAGAUACGGGAACUUGAGCUUAGUUUUACCCAGAAGUAUCCACCUGUGAAAUUCUUAUCCGAGAAGGACCGAAAGAGGAUUUUGAUCACGGGUGGGGCAGGAUUCGUGGGCUCGCACCUCACUGAUAAGCUGAUGAUGGAUGGUCAUGAAGUGACAGUGGUGGAUAAUUUCUUCACUGGCCGCAAGCGCAAUGUUGAGCACUGGAUCGGCCAUGAGAACUUUGAACUGAUCAACCAUGAUGUGGUGGAGCCUCUUUAUAUUGAAGUUGACCAGAUAUAUCAUUUGGCCUCACCUGCAUCGCCACCCAACUACAUGUAUAACCCUAUCAAGACACUGAAAACUAAUACUAUUGGAACUCUCAACAUGCUAGGAUUGGCCAAGCGAGUUGGAGCUCGUUUACUCCUUGCCUCAACUUCAGAAGUGUAUGGAGACCCAGAGGUGCAUCCCCAGAAUGAGGAGUACUGGGGUCAUGUAAACCCUAUUGGCCCCCGGGCCUGUUAUGAUGAAGGAAAACGUGUUGCUGAGACAAUGUGUUAUGCCUACAUGAAACAGGAAGGUGUGGAGGUGAGAGUAGCUCGGAUCUUCAACACCUUCGGGUCUCGCAUGCACAUGAAUGACGGGCGAGUGGUCAGUAAUUUCAUUCUGCAGGCUUUACAAGGAGAGCCGCUGACGGUUUAUGGUUCAGGUUCUCAGACAAGAGCUUUCCAGUAUGUGAGUGAUCUAGUGAACGGCCUGGUGUCCCUGAUGAAUAGUAACAUCAGUAGUCCAGUUAACCUGGGAAAUCCAGAGGAACACACCAUACUGGAGUUUGCGCAGCUUAUUAAGAGUCUAGUUGUGAGCCGCAGUCAUAUUCAGUUCCUUCCAGAAGCACAAGAUGAUCCACAGAGAAGACGGCCAGACAUCCGCAAGGCCAAAAUGCUUCUGGGCUGGGAACCUGUGGUGCCACUGGAGGAAGGCUUGAACAAAACCAUCCAGUACUUCAGCAGAGAGCUGGAGCAUCAAGCCAACAAUCAGUAUAUACCCAAACCCAAGGCUGCACGCAUGAAGAAAGGAAGAGCCAGACACAUCUGAUGAAUUGUGUUGAUCUCAGGAGGACUAUGGACGUUCAGCAGCCAUUAUACAGCGUGGGUUUCCCACCUCAAACUUUUAGAAAAAUAUUAUUCUUCUGAUGUUUUUGCGAAUAUUUUGAAAUGGAGCUCAGGCAGAGAGCUGUCUCUAAAGAGUUUGUUUUUCAGUCAAGUGUGCCUCAAAGAUAUCUGAUUUAUAGACUUUGCCUUGCACUUUUGUUCGUCGGUUGUCCGUUUGUUAUUUAAAGCAAGCUUAG